UUGCUUCAGGCAGGGGCUUAGUAGUAAGCUCCAGGAUCGCUUGGCAAUGGUCAAGUUUGACAGUUUCAGUGAGCUGGUCAAUGGGGCUAUCAUACAGGAGGAUGCCCACCUAGCUCACAAGGCAGAAAAGAAGAGAAAGACGCCGGCAGCAGGAUCUUCUAGCAGUGCCCCUCAGAGGUUCCGUCUAGUGCAGUCGGGCCCACAGCGAGCCCCCUUUCAGCACCAGCCGCCGCAGCAGUGGGGAUACAGGCCCCCUCAGGACACUCAGCCACAGGGGACAGUCAGGCCUCCUGUUCCUCAGCAGAAUGAGCAGAAGGUCUGGGUGCAGCAGCAAGGGGUACGCCCCAAUUUCUUUCCGUGCUACAACUGUGGACAGCCGGGUCACUUUGCACGGAACUGCCCAAUGCCACCUAAGCAAGGCCAGCAAUCGAGCCAGCAAGGUCAGAAGCAGAGUGUGGCCCACUUCAAGCCGGGGCAAGUGCACUACACCACCCUUGAGGAUAUUCCUGAGGGAGCACCAGUGAUGUCGGACGCCGCCGCCGAGGGAGUCGUAUAUGAAGUGAUCGCGGAGGCGAAAGAGCACCCGGAGCAAGUCCCACAGGGGGUUCGCAAGGAUCCGGCCCAAGGCCCGUCUGCCCCUGACUCUGAGCAACAGCCCAAAGGCAAGCCCCGGUCCCGCACCCGUAGACUUCUGUCCGUGUUGCGCCAAGUUCGUUCGGUUGGACGUGGAGGGGUGGAGUGUUGAGGAUCCAGGCGCGUAACUUUAGAUGUGCAUGGGAUUGCACACUCGUGGGCUGAGUGCGCAAUUCUUAUCUGUUUU